UGUGACAAUUCGAACUUCCGGGUAAAUUUGAGAUAAGAGGUUAUACAUUCUUUCGUUUCCUGGUGUGGUAUUUAAUAUCUUAAGGUCAGCCCGACUAGACUAACUUAUUUCAUAAUUAGCAUGGAUUCUAAUACGGAGAAGUGAUGAAUUCGGUCGUCUGUAAAGAUCAUUAAAUCGAAGAUAAACGUGAUCAAGAACUGGCUGACAAGAAGACUAUCCCUGUAUGUAUGUGAACGCUGCUUGCUGACAUGGACAUCACACCAGAAACUUUUGACCCGGGUGUCUUCACUCAGGCAGUAGAAGAUGGUGACCUACAGACAUUUCUGGACCUGCUCAGUGAUGUGGAGGGAGCAGAGGAGGGGCCGGGUGAAAGGGAUUCUCUUCUGGUUCUAAAUGACUCAGUGUUUGGCGAGGGGAUGCCGUUGCUUCACUUCCUGUGUAGUAAAAAGGAUAUAAAUGAACAGUUCAUCAAAGCACUUCUACACUUAGGAAUCAACGUCAACCUUUUUUGUGAAAAUCGUGGGAGACCUAUACACGUCGCAUGUUCUGAAAAUUGUCCUGAAAAUUUGAAAGUGUUGCUGGAUUACGGUGCUAAGAUUCUUGAGGCGGGAGAGCAGGCCUGGCAGGAGAACUCGCCGUUUUAUGUGUCCUCACUCUGCGGACAUGUCAACAUUAUCCGCAUCCUAUUGUCCUACCAACCAAAGCUGAUCCGGGAACAGGAUGUGCGGAGUUGUCUGCUCUACGCAGCGUGUGCGGGUGGUAACAAGGACAUCGUGGGCAUGUGGUACUGUCCUGGGAUGGACAUCAACCAACCGAAGCCCUAUAUCCAGUCCCUCGACAACUCCGGGGACAACACACCCAUAUUCGCAGCAUGUGCAGGUGGGCAUUAUGAGGUGGUCAAGCAUCUGGUGGAUAUGGGGGCGCGGCUCACCCACCGAGUGUGUACCGACUUUCCCGACAUCACGGGACGAAUCCUAUUACAGUACGUUCAACAGGUGACCCCGGAGGACAUAUCGGACCGAGAUGUGAUAGAAACACAGAAUACACCAAGUUUACUUCGAUAUCUUCCAAUAUCACAUACUGCGGAUUACAGUAAAAUCCAGCUGACCACUCUCCAUGGUAAUUGGCUUAGAGCCUACACAGAAACCCUGGUUACCCUGAACAUCAGUGAUAACAGUAUAGAGGAGUUACCGGAGCAAGUACCCUGGUCUUUCCCUAACCUUCAGAGGUUCAACGCCUCUCACAACUCCCUCUUAAGACUCAGGUGUGGCGCGGAACCUCCUGUGUGUCACCGUUUAAGUUGGAUUCAGUUGAGCCAUAACAAGUUGGAAACCUUGUGUAGGGAGCUGUUCCAGAUCCGUGGCCUGGAGGAGCUUUACCUCAGCUACAAUCAGCUGCAGUAUCUGAUCCGGGAGCACCAGGUUAUCUACUCGCAACCCCCUAAUAAUGAGGAUGUGUCUUCCCAUAUUGGACCUGGAAGUAAAGAUUGGUCAUGUGACAAGCUGACACGCCUAGAUGUGUCCAAUAACCAGCUAAAGAUGUUGCCCAGUGCCAUCAAACAGUGUACCGGACUUGUAACCCUGGAUGCGAGUCAUAACUGUAUGACUGCCUUCUGUGGGGGCUGGGACUGUAACCUGGCUAAUCUCAAUUUGUCACAUAACGACCUGGAGCGUUUUCCCGAAGAUGUGGAGAUGUUCUGGUGUGGAAGUCUUCAUUAUCUAAACUUGGACAACAACCAACUUGAGGUCCUCGCAGACAGCAUUGUUAAACUUUGUGCACUGACUGACCUAAUAGUGUCUAACAAUCAUCUUACAAUGUUGCCAAAAGCUGAGAUAUGGGACUGCCCACAACUCUACCUGCUCAAUCUCCAUGGCAACCUGCUAGGCCAGCCCCCCGGGUUGUCCCAGGCAACCACAGCAACAGGAUUCAGACAGAAGCUAAUGCGGAACACCUCUGUCAACGCCUCAAGGAUAGUCCUUCCCAAAUUCCUUGCAUACUGCCUCCAUGACUUAAAUCUCAAAGACAAUCAUCUGGAUGGUGUGCCGGAGGGCAUUUGUCAUCUGUCAACACUCACUAUCUUAAAUCUGUCAAAAAAUCCGGCCAUUAAAUCCUUGCCAAACGAGAUGGGUAAACUGACUUCUCUGACCGCUCUACAUCUGACAGAAACAUCGGUCAAGCAGACCAGUGGUCAAGCCGAAGAUUCUUGCCAGAGGACAAAGGACACCAUCAUGGGUCUGCAGCACGAACUAAGGAAGAGCAAACCAUACAACAAAAUCAAGCUCGUCAUCCUGGGCAAGAAGGAUAAAGGGAAGACAACUCUAUCUGGACUACUGCACGGAAAUAAGAUUGCUUUAUUUCAUGGGGAUGGAAUACACAGAUGUGAAAUGAAGCUGCCCGGUUCAGGAAACCAGUUGUUUAAGCGCCCCAACAGUGAAAUCACGUUUUCCGUGUGGGAUAUGGCAUGUUCCGAUCAGUACAUUCCCUCUCAGCAGUGUUUCUUCACCCGGAACUCGCUCUACAUCCUCGUCUGGGACAUCUGGUCCCUCAAAAACGAACUCGACAAGCUCGGACACUGGCUCUACAGCAUUGAGGCCAGGACUCCAAACUCCAGAGUCAUCCUAGUCACCACAUUCUUAGACAAGGUCCAUUUAACGAACGCUGAACGUGAUGAGAAGGUGUCGGAUAUCCUCAAGCUGGUGAUAGACCGCUACGGACCCAGAAGUUCCAGCAGCCAUCUCUGUAGCCAUCUUGACCUCAACAACAUCGUACCAGUUUCCUGUACGACCAAGGAAGGAAUCCCGCUGUUGAAACAGAAGCUGUUUGAGAUUGCCUCCAAUAUGUAUGAUCCUAUGAAGGGCUUGGGCAACGGUCGUCUGCUCACUCGUAAAGUACCGCUGUCCUACCUAUCGGUAGAGAAGGCAGUCGAACAGAAACUGGCAAUAAAAGUGAGCAAAGGAGACCCCCCAUUUAUAGAGGAAGAGGAGUUCCAGGCGUUGAUCAGGUCAAUUCCUAACAACGACAUCACUACAGAAGAUGAUAUAAAUGCAGUGACCCAGUUUCUGGUGGAGACCGGCUCACUGCUUCACUAUCAUGAUCAGUUGCGGGGCCUGAACACGAUGUACAUCCUUGAUCCCUCAUGGCUGUGUGACCUACUUGCUAAGGUUCUCAUUGACGAUGAUGACUGUGGUUUAGAUGGCCAGAUAGGCCGAGACGGGAAGAUCCACGUCGCCGAUAUAAUUACCAGAUACAGGAACGACGAUAGAUUCCCAGAUGAGUACAUUGGCCAGUACCUGCAGCUGCUGGAGAGGUUCGAGAUCGCCCUCUCGGUCGACAAUGGCAAAAAGUUGUUUAUCCCGGGCCGUUUGUCACAAAGUCCAGCUCUGCAGUUUCACUCGCAGGAGUUCAGCGGUACAAAUGUGUAUCGGCUCUAUCAGAUGGCAUUUAUCCCAACUGGAUUCUGGAGCCGCCUCUUGUCGCGAAUAAUGGCACGCCUACAACUGCUCGAGCAGCCGAAUUGGGUAUUCCAGUCAUCGAUAUCAGGCGGAAAUCCGUCAAUGACUCGAACUGUUUGUCAAAGCCGUCUGCAGCACACUGUGGUGGGAAGGCAGUUCUCAGGGCAUUUAGGUGGCCUGCACAUCAAGAAAAAAGACAUGAUCUACUGGCAAGAUGGCAUGUGCACGAGACACACCACGGGAUACUUCAAGCUCGAGACGAUUCGCUUGCCCCAGGGGAGGGAGAAGCCUUCCAAAAUGGGUAUUCUGGUCACGGUCCAUUCCACAGAGGAUGAGUUCUCUAUCAUGGGAACCAUUGUGGACGAAAUUGACGAUCUUUUGACUGACCACUAUCCAGGUCUGUUGGAAUGGGAUGAGUCCGGCGAGCCACGAGUCCAGAGAUAUGCUCUGUGUCCACGCUGCUAUGAUAUCUCCUCGUCGUCUCUCCCUUCAGCCCUUGACCAUUUUACAGUAGAACACUGUUCGCGUGUGGUCCUCACUGAGGACACUAUAUCAUGUAAGACUGGGGCACUCAUUCCACUUGAACAGCUUGUACCAGAGCUUUUCAUCAAGGAGAUUCCGCAGGAGUACCACAUGGAUCAGACCCGUUUGAAGGUGCAGCAAGAUACCAUUCUAGGUCGAGGGGUCAGUGGGUCAGUAUACAAGGGUAAAUACGGCAACGUUGAUGUAGCGGUCAAGUUUUAUCAUGGCAUGCCAACUGCUUUGCCAUCUUCCGGACCUGACAGCAUGGAUAGUGGGCAAGACUCUUGGAAAAGGGCUCCGAAAAAUCCAUCACCAUAUACAUCUAGUUCCGAUUAUCAAGAUGAAGCAAAUCCAUACGGAAACUACAAGGACCUGUCUCAGGGCAAGGCUAAUUUGGAUAAUGAUGAGGAGAACAGUCUGAAGGCAUGGAGGUCUUUUAUGGAGAUGAGGCAGGAGGUGGCAGUGACAAGCAAGCUUCACCAUCCCUGUGUAAUUUCUUUCAUCGGUAUCUGUGUCAAACCUAAGUUGCUCAUGUGUCUGGAGUUCGCUGCCCUUGGCAAUGUUAGGAACGUCCUCGACAAAGCGAAGGUCAACAGAAAACCGUUCAACAAACAUCGUGACCGUGAUAAACGGUUCAAAAUGAUCUUGAGCAAAGACCUCACCUUCAAGAUGGUAUUUCAGAUCGCCAGUGGCCUUCAGUAUCUCCACAAGCAUGGAAUCAUUUACCGCGACCUCAAGUCCGACAACAUCCUGGCCACAACACUCGACCUUGCUGCCCCUGUCAAUGUGAAGCUAUCGGACUAUGGAAUCUCAAAGUUCUACAGUACGGGCGGUACUCUUGGACUUGUGGGCACCCCUGGCUACCAGGCCCCAGAAAUCAUGGAUGCACAAUUUUACGAUGAAAAAGUGGAUAUCUUUUCAUUUGCAAUGGUCAUCUAUGAAGUGGUGUCGGGAGAAAGGCCUUAUGGAGAGCUAAGCAACAUUGGUCAAAUCACCAUGGCAAUCAAGCAGGAAGGAAAUCGUCCAAGUCUUAAGAACUACAAUUUUGACACACGUUUCCCACAGUUAGAGGAAUUGAUGGAAACUUGUUGGAAGGACAAGGGGACUGACCGACCAUCUGCUCUGGACAUUGUGGCAGGCAGUUUACACCAUGUCCACUUCCUGUGUAAACACAAGCAGUUUAACACACGCCAUGCGGAAAUAGACUUGCUUGCCCCUGUCACAGAUGGGGAGAAAAAUCUGGUCUGGCUUUGGGAGGGGACAGACACGGACAGGGCCUACACCAUCGUGGACCUGAUAAGCUGUACCUAUCAUGACAAAAAGCCCCUUGCUGGCCCAACGGUCACCUGUAUGUGUAAGGUGGACCAAGAGGUGUGGCUUGGCACAGAUGUGGGGAGUGACGAGGGGAUGAUAGAAGUGUGGAAACAACUCACUUCUGGACAGCUCCAUUGCCAGGCAACUUUCUCGUGUGACGGCAUUCCUACAAAUAUCCUCUACAUCAAAGGCAGAUCAAAGACGGAAAAGAAACUGUUCGUAACACUUCACAAUGGGAAGUUACGUACAUAUACAAAAACUUUGCCCUCCAAUCGGAAGUCAUUACGUACCGAAGUGUCCGGUAGUGGAUGGACUUGUGAGCGAUUGAGUCAACAGCUUUCUCAGUUCGAGGCCUGUUGUGCCGUGCACGUUGUGUCCAGUAAAGGCGAAGAAUUGUGGGUCGGAUGUGGCCCAGACAUUGUCGUUUACAGUGUGUCUAUAUCGCUUGUUGAAAAUAGGAUCCACGUUGCCAAAAUGGUUCACGCCUGCAUUCCUGAAUAUGAUGAAAGUUUGAGUGUACAGACUCUUGUCCAGGGUGACGGACAGGUAUGGUGUUUAAUGCGCGAUACAGCGUGCGUUGUAGAACUUGACACGGACAUGGGCAUCGCCACACAUAUCUACGACUGUGAUCUCCAAUAUCCUCACAAAAUGAACACAGUGAAAGAAAUCUCUAUGGAUAUUGUUCGAAAAAUUGAAGAUGGUAAUGCCAAAGAAAGUGGUAUUGAUGACGGAGAUGGCGACGAUUCAGCAAUGAAAAGAGAAACUUCUGCUCCCAAACUGCCGCCCCGUAGGCCCAUUUCCGUUAUCGAACCUCCCCCCCGCCCUCCACGACAGAGACUUGACAGUGUACCUUCUUUGCCGGUGAAGGUCACACCACCGGACAGGAAAGACUCAGGCUCCACCCUUCCCCCUAAUUCAAAGAGGUACUCAAUCAGCAAUGUGGUCAUCAACUCCAUCGGGGUUGUCCGGGACACAAUCUGGGUCAGCCGUAACCGUGGCGAUAUCGUCUUCAUCUGCACGUCUAACUACAAGUCAUUCAAGAAAGGGGAGGUAAUCGCUGUGUUAAAUUGUAAAGAUGAGUUUUGUCAAGAUAAGGGAAAAGUGAAAACUGUGCCAAAUACUCAAACGGGUCAUUGUGUGGUGGAAUCCCUGUUAUGCGUCAAUGACGUCGUGGUGACUGUGGUUCGAGACGACCUGACGUGCUCACAUCUUGUCGUCUGGGAAGCCUACAGUUGUGAACAAAUUGACAAUAUUCGGAGAUACUGGGAAGUUCGAAGGGCAGAAAGCAAAGGGAAGGCAAAAGUAGUAUUUAAAAGACAGAAAAAUGUACCCCAGAUACCCAGCAACAUUUCGAAAGACAAUUCAUAAACAGUUGUGUGUGCUAUCUAGGACUUCCCCAAAGUGUGGUGCUUAUUAGAUUCAGUUUAGCUGGAUUUUGAUGUGCCUAAUUCAUCUUUGUUGUUUAGACUAGG